AUGGCCCCACUCAAUACCACUCUAUUUCACCCCUAUUCUUUCCUCCUUCUUGGCAUUCCUGGCCUGGAACAUGUACAUAUCUGGAUUGGCUUCCCUUUCUGUGCUGUGUACCUGACAGCUGUCCUUGGAAAUAUCUGCAUACUUUUUGCAAUUCAGACUGAGAGUAACCUUCAUCAACCCAUGUUCUACUUCCUGGCCAUUCUGUCAUCUAUCGAUCUGGGACUAGCCACAUCCACCAUCCCCAAAAUGCUUGGUAUCUUCUGGUUCAACCUAAGAGAAAUCUCCUUUGAGGGCUGCCUGAUCCAGAUGUUCUUCAUCCACCUGUGCACUGGCAUGGAGUCAGCUGUGCUUGUGGCCAUGGCCUUUGAUCGUUAUGUGGCCAUCUGUAACCCUCUUCGCUACACACUGCUACUGACAAACAAGGUGGUGUUCAUCACUGCAUUGGUAGUCCUACUAAGACCUUUGUUUUUUGCCAUACCCUUUGUUCUACUCAUCUUACGCUUGCCAUUUUGUGGACAUAAUAUUAUCCCUCACACUUAUUGUGAGCACAUGGGCAUUGCACGCCUGUCCUGUGCGAACAUCAUGAUCAAUAUAAUCUAUGGCUUAUGUGCUAUUUCUAUUCUGGUUUUUGAUAUCAUAGCCAUUGUCAUUUCUUAUGUCCAGAUCCUUCGUGCUGUCUUUCGACUCCCUUCUCAUGAUGCUCGGCUGAAAGCACUCAGCACCUGUGGCUCUCAUGUAUGUGUCAUGUUGGCUUUCUACACACCUGCAUUUUUUUCAUUCAUGACCCACAGGUUUGGCCAUAACAUACCACGUUACAUUCAUAUCCUUCUUGCUAAUUUCUAUGUGGUCAUUCCACCUGCUCUGAAUCCUGUAAUUUACGGUGUCAGAACUAAGCAGAUUAGAGAAUGGGUGGUGAAAUACUUUCUAAGAAAUAAAACGUAA